AACAGUGAGGGUUUAAAAACAACUUCUUCUCUUUUUCCGACAGAGCUGGAGCAUUGUUCUCAAUGAUUAUUGCUAAGAGCUGAUUGCUGUAUAAGACCUAGAGAGGAUUGCUACUCUGUACAAUGAGUUCUCAGGUUCUCUGAUCUUGAAAUUUAUUGUUACGUCCAAUGUGCAAGUCAGAUUGCUUGAGCACACGUAGGUCCUGAUGGUUGAUUUCCUGUUUGUAAGGGUAACAGAUGUAACAGUGUAACAGAUGGUAAAUUGCAUGGCCCUGUACGUGGCGUUACACAGAUCCAGCGAUGCUACAGACAGAUUUCGGGCAGCACAGCCGCCACAACCAGGACCGACAUGUAUAUCCUCCUGCACCGAUCUGUGAGAGUGCGCACGCUAUCGCAGUCAAGUGGGUGCAGUAUGAAGGAGUUGUUCACUUGAUCCUUGCCUGCGGUGAUUGUUUUAGAGUUCCACUUUUCCAGAAUCGGGUCCUCCAGAUCAGAAAAGAAUGAGGAUUACUCUCAGGGACCAGUGGCUCGGAGCUAGUCGACUGCCGCUCCCCAUCGAUCUCUCCAAUAAGGUCGAGUGGAGUACAGGCCAGUGUCUCACACAAACCAUUGGCCGACGUCCAGUCAUGCGGCAGACGCGAGCAGCGGAUCAGCAAGAGGCCCAUGAAUGUCUCCUAACAUUUCGAAUCCGAAUUAACCCGACUGGCCGAAAGAUUCCGUCAUUCCGUCAUAGAUAUAAUAAAAAUUUGCAGAAACGUCUGGGAGUUUCAGUUCGAGAUAAAUAGCUUGAUGACUGCGGCCUACAAUUCAGUUCGGUGAUUUCUGCACCAUGACUUAGGCUUCAGAGAGAUAUGCAGGAUCAAUUAACCACUGCUUCUUAUAAGGAAAGCAUGACUGCCUGAGAGAGUACAGAGUUCACGGCUGCCCAGAAUUGCUUAAGUCGCACACCAAAGUUUUAUAACGAUUUUUUUUUUUUGGGGGUUCACAUAUAUACAAAAUGACCCAGUGAGGCCACCUGCCUUGGAGAUAACUUGGUCUCCGAUUGCGAAAUUGGAUGAGUGUUUCUUUUGCUAUUAUGAUAUACAGAGUUUCAAAUGCACACGCAGUCAGAAGAGGAUUUUGGGAGAGGGUGAUAUUUCGAGGCAGUCACCUCUGAAAUUGGGAGAAUAAGUGAAGUGCGCAUCAAGAUCACGGGCAACGGGGAGGUACUUUACAUUGAAAAAUGUCAGGUGACAGCUGAUUUUCCUGUGAAAAGUUGGUAUCUGUUGGACUGUUCUACUUGACCACCGAGAACGCUUAUCCAUCCACAGUUGUCGCUGUUAUGGGCAUCUGGAAAGAGGAAUCUGAGCAGGUAUGUUACGGUGUAGCUCGUCGGUGACAGUAUAAAGUGAUUCGCAGCUGGAGUCGAAUCAAUCAUGGCUUAACAGUCUCAUAGUCUCCGAAGAGCUGUAAUUCAAGUCUGCAGCGAGCUCGUGAGUGCUAGUGCUGGUCUUCGAACUGCGGUUGGAGAGGUGUGAUAACACAGAACUCCGUUCUCUGAUUAUCAAGCCGUGCUCAGAUAUCAUCCUUAGUCCGUGCGAAGGCGAUCUGCUGGCUUCGGAGGCAACAUCUUUUCACAUUUCAGAUUUCUGCAAUCCACCGUUUCGAGAAUGGCGAGUCGCACGUCAAAGCAGCAGAAGAAUUCACGUGUGCAGAUGGUGAGCAGUGCCCUAUUCGUGCAUGUUCUUCCCACUGCAUAAAGAAGAGUACCCUGACGCUCAUUGGUAGUAAGAGUUCUGUGAUGGAUGCCAAGAGAUCUCAAAGUUUUGAUCACGAAUGCAUUAAAUGCAAAGUGCACGAGAUUCCGAGGACUUUAUCAAAAGCAACUAAUAAUGCAGCGAAUGUUGCGGAAGAAGAGGCGAUGUUCGACGAGCAAGUGAGAGAAAUCGAGGACUGGUGGCGAAGCGAGCGAUUCCAGCACACGAGGAGACCAUACACAGCGAAAGAUGUGGCUCAACUGCGAGGCACUCUGCCACAAUUCUACGCAUCGGGUGAGCAGGCAAAGAAGCUCUGGAACCUACUCAAAGAUCAUCAAAGGAACAAGACCGCGUCACGAACCUUCGGGUCCUUGGAUCCGGUCCAAGUCGCCCAAAUGGCCAAGCACCUGGACACAGUCUACGUCUCGGGCUGGCAGUGUGCCUCCACAGCCUCCACGAGCAACGAGCCAGGGCCAGACCUGGCCGACUAUCCCAUGGACACCGUGCCCAACAAAGUCCAGCACCUCUUCCUGGCGCAGCAGUUCCACGACCGCAAGCAGCGCCAAGCUCGACUUUCCAUGACCCAGCAGCAGAGAUUCGACACCCCCUGCACAGACUUCCUUCCUCCUCUCAUCGCAGACGCAGACACAGGCUUCGGUGCCACCACGGCCACAAUCAAGCUCAUCAAAAUGUUCGUGGAGCGAGGAGCCGCAGGGAUCCACAUCGAGGAUCAAUCCUCGGUCACGAAAAAGUGCGGACACAUGGGGGGCAAAGUCCUGGUUCCUACAACUGAGCACAUCAACCGCCUCAUCGCCUGCCGGCUGCAGUUCGACGUGAUGGGGGUCGAGCAAAUCCUCAUCGCCAGGACGGACUCGGUCUCGGCCUCGUUGAUUCAGAGCAACAUCGACCCCAGCGACCACCCUUUCAUUCUCGGAGCAAGCAACCCGUCCGUCAUGGGGCGGUCUCUGGUUUCUGCCAUCGCAGCGAAGAAAGGGCACGAGCUCAAACAGACCGAGGAUGCUUGGCUCGCUGAAGCUCGAAUUCGUUCGUUUGCCGACACCGUGGCCGACGAGAUCAGGCACUUGGAGAUCCCGGAAGCUGAGAGGAGCAAGCGCUUGCAGGAGUGGGUCGGGGCCUGCCAUCAGCUGUCGCACUCCGAGGCUCGAGAGCUGGCCGAGCGGCUCGGAGUGCGACAUGUUUUCUGGGACUGGGACCUUCCCCGGACUCGGGAGGGCUACUACCGAUACGCCGGAGGCCUCGAGGCGGCGGUGGCCAGGGGCGUGGCAUUUGCGCCGUAUGCCGAUCUGCUGUGGAUGGAGACCGCCACUCCCGACCUCGAGCAGGCCAGGGACUUCGCCCGCGCGGUUCUGGCUCUGCACCCGCACAUGAUGCUGGCUUACAACCUCUCUCCGUCUUUCAAUUGGGAUGCGGCUCGCAUGUCCGAUCGAGAGAUGGAGGAUUUCAUUCCGCAGCUCGCCCAGCUCGGCUUUGUGUGGCAGUUCAUCACUCUGGCCGGCUUCCAUGCCAACGCUCUGAUGGUCGAUCGGUUCGCCAAGGACUUCUCGGAGCAGGGCAUGCUCGCUUACGUGCGCGACAUCCAGCGCCAAGAGCGACGGCAUGGAGUGGAGACUCUCGCCCACCAAACGUGGUCGGGAGCUUCGUAUUAUGACCAGGUUCUCAAGACCGUGCAAGGAGGUCACUCAUCCACGGCUGCCAUGCAAGCAGGUGUCACUGAAGAUCAGUUCAAACGAGUGGCGGGAUCUCACGGUCAAGCCAAACUUUGAGCAUCCCUGCACACAAAUUCUUUCGGUCGACGCCAAAUAUGCUUUUCGGCUUGCAUCGGCCCGGCGUAUGCACACAGUUAUUCAGCGUAUGCGCAAUCGAUUUCUGAUCCUGAAGCUCACACACGUUUGAAGUCGUAUGUGGAGCUCUUGCAUGUCCAUCGCUGUCGUCAUAAGACGUAAUAUUAUAUCGAUAAGCCAGCGUACACAUAUAUCAAUAUCAUUCAGGUAUAUUAUAUUAUCUCAUUGCUAAUCUUAGCUCCUGAUUUGUAGAUACCAGUCGAGUAGCGAGUCAAGCCGCAGGCUCUUGUAAAAGUUUGCAAGUUCGCGGAGUUGUCGCAGUGUGUGUCCCUUCACGAGUAAGCGUGAUGUCGAUGUACAAAUUGAGGGAACGAUGUGAUUCACAGGGCCUGGAAAUGUAACUGUUUCAGAUAUGACCAAUUGGUCAUGAACCCAA